AGUCAGUUCUUAUACUUUAUUUAUUCCUCUCUCUAAAACAAAGCAAAGGGUCAAGAAGAAGAAGAGGAAACAGAAAUACGAAUGGUGGUCAGCUAGCCGGCAAUGGAUCCAGGGUCUCGUUACCUUCACCGCACCAGGCACGUCCCUCGCCAUCCUCCUCAUACUCAACGUGAGCCUCAAUCGCAUCCCCAUCCUCAUCAUUCUUUUCCCAAUAACCUCAAUAUCUGUGCACCUCACCACUCUACCCUCCUUACUGCGCGACCACCUCUCCAACCACGACCACGUCCUCUUCCACCACAAUCUCACCACUCCCUCCCUAUCCCUCCGCAAUUCAAUCUCCCAAAUUCCCAAUUCUCCUACAAUUCUGCUAAUAUUAAUCCUAAUCACUCCAGGCCACACCCUGAUGCUCAUAAUUCCAUACAAUCGCCUCGCCUUACGCACCGGAAGCCCUUCGACGAUGACCUUCCACGUCGAUUGACUGAUUAUAUCCAAGAAAGCCGACCCGAUUUGAGGAACCCACCUAGGGUUUUGCCUGAUAGAUUUCCUGCAAGGUUGUACCCUCCUGCCAACGUGGAUCCAGAUUCAUAUCGCCGCCUGCUAGAUAACCAGCCCCUGUCUCCGAUGAAGGUUAGGAGAGAAUUAGAAGGUAGUUCUAGGUUUGUAGAGGAACGCAAACAAAGGGAAGAACUUUUACUGUGUCGUGUUGAUGAUGAUUAUCAUCAUCGCAGUCAAUUUGCAUCCACUUCAGAUAAAUGUUCAAGGGAUUUCCGGAUGGUAUCAAAUCAAACAAAUCACAGUUCGCCCUGUGAGAAUCUGCGUGGUUUUCCGUAUGAUGAUGGAAUGAAUGAGAAUCGGAGAUCGGUACAUGAUAGAGAGGUUAACAGAGAUACGCAUUAUUCCUUUAUAGAAAGGGGGAUUACUGAGAUUGAUGAUCCUGCUGAAAUUCGAGUUGCCACUCGGAAACGUGAGCAUUAUAGGAGUAGAGAAGUGAAUGCGGAAUUGGAAAGACAUAGUAGUAGGGGGAGUUAUGACUUUAGUCGCAAUCCAAGGAGGCCACCACAGAAAAAGAGUGUGCUUCUUAGGAUUCAAAAGCCUAAUUAUGGGAAUAGAGAGGAUGAAAGGGUGCAUUAUUCAGGUUAUUUUGACGAUAACAAAUCUAGUUCAUUUAGGGGUAAACAUCAGAAUUUGUACCCAAAUCAUGAGAUAGGAGAGCAAGUGAGAGAGGGAAGCCCUGUAGAGCUUGAUGUGUCUUUCAAGUCCAAUUCACUGGUAGCCACGGCUAUUGUGAUGCCUCCUUCAAGUUUUGCAGGUGUUUCUGAUUUGCAUUUGACGCCUAGGAAUGAAAAAGAAAGGAAAGCAUUGGUCCUUACUAAGGAUACUUCAAGUUCAUCAGUAAUUAAACCCAAUGAAGGCACUGUAAAAUUGGACAAUGCUGUUUCUGUAGCAAAUAAUGCUUCCAGUCCUGACAUCAACCAAAAACAGUCCAAAGUGGAAGUUACAGCUUCUGGUAUUGGUAAUGUGCAUGAUAGUAGUUCGCUGCCUGGUUCCAGUGGGACUAAAAUCUCACUUGGAAAUAAUAAAGUGGAGAGUUCUACUAAGGGUUCUGUAUUAAAUGAAGGUGGAACUAAUGUUGUUUCUGGUAAAACAUCGUCUCUCAAGGUUGCAAAGAAGAAGAAAAUUGUGAAGAGAGCCAUAAACCCUAAUUUGAGUUCUUCAAGUUCACAGCCAAGUAAUAAGUGUGAUGAAUCUGUGACAGCAGAUGGCUUUGCCCAUGGUCUACCUGCAUCCUCUGAGCCUGAAAAGAAUGCUUCUACAGCUUCAGCUGACAUUGUUGAUUCACAGCCCUGCUCAAAUGAAACAAAUAUGGUGCCUGAGACUCAGAAGGACAGAGUAGAGGGUUUUGCUAUGGUCAUGGUAUCUGAGGAUGACACAAGUACUAAUUCUGGUAGAUUAUGUCCACCUAAUGUCAGGAGAAAGAGGAGCCAUUCAACUUCUCCUCUGGGUUCUUCAAGUCAUGGAGAAGGCAAAAGUAAUUCAGUCAACUACUCGCAUGGUAUCUCAAAUACUGACAAGGAUUUUACUAAAUUACUGAGUGAAACUACUAGUUCUGACAUUGAUCAUGUUGAACCUGCCAGCAAGCAGCCUUGUCAGAAUGUGGGCUCAUUCUUGCGUGAGAGUAAUGGAGCAAGUGCAUCUCCCAACGGUUUGCCAAUGGAGACUCAUUCUGCUGAAGGCUAUGCUGAUUUUGGUUUCUCAAGUUUUAAGAAAAUUAAAAUUUAUGGGGGUCCUGCAAGUUCAUAUAAUACAACCUUGGGGUGUGAGUCUGACAGCUGUUUAAUUAACUCAUCUGAUGGGAUUACUGUUUCAAACAUUGGGACAACAGAUGUUAGUUGCAAGCAGCCCCGUAAAAAUCAGGGUAAUUCUUUAGAGGAGAAUGGUGUUGUAGAUCAGCUUCAAAAUGCUAGUUUGUCCGUAGGAAGUGGCAAAAGUUUAUGGCAAUCAAAUUUAGGGGAAAGGACAAUUCAGAAUGUUGCCACAUGUGAAAGCUCUUCCAAAGAAGUAGGUAUCGUUUUUGGUUCUGACAAUGGCCACAAUAUUUCAGGAGAGAUUAAAAUUUCCAGCCAUGAGGCUAUUGAUGAAAUUCUUGAGAGGCCAUCUUCAGAUUGUGUUAGUGUACCUCUUGAGAAUGUUCCUACAGGAGGAUCACUACAUUGUAUGAUUUCUACAGGUGGCAGCAAGGAGAAUACACCUAACAUUAAGAAGAGUAAUGAAAAGGUUGAAAUGCCUCUGUUAAAUUUGUCUAAAUCAGAGGUGAAUGACUUGUAUGUAGGGCCUGUGAAUAUGGUUACCUCUGAUUUUUGGGUGGAUGCAACCUUAAGACUGUCUUUCAAAGAUCCUACUCCAACAGAGUUUACACUUUCUGGCAAUGGCUGUAGGGAUGUUGGCUUGCGAGCGUGGACAGAUGGAAUCUGUGAUUUUCCCCAGAGAAGUUCACCUGAUGUUGUGCAGGCCAAUGUUUCAAUUAACAGCACUGUUAAUGCUAGUUCAAAUGGAACUUCACCACAGAAUCAAAAGAAAAGAAAAUUAUCUGGUAUUCGACUGGAAUCAACUUGUCCAACAGUAUCUGAUGUGUCUGAGGUACCUAUAAAUGCAGGUAUCUCAGCAUCAGCUGUAGAAGUGCCCUCCAAUUGUGGCAAUGAUCUGAUGCAACCAGAGCUAGACACCACAGUUUCUGCCAUGAAUCAUUUGUGCACUCCUGAUGUCCCUCUUUUGCAGAAGGAGAUCACUGCAUCGCUUGAUAAUUGUUGCGUGGGAGGAUGUCAUAGCACUGAGGCUUCACUUAGAGACGGUUUGAGGGGUGUUCAUUCUUGUUCUGGGGAGGAGCUGGAUGUCCAAAAAGUGCAAUCCCUUUGUCCAUCAGAACUGGAAGGAAAGCAGAUUGCAUAUACAACUCCAGUUAUGGCUGGAAGUAUUCAUCAAAAUAACAUUCAUAUAGAAAGUGGUGACGGAGAAAAAAUGGAUGUAGAUGUUGGUGCUGCAGAAGAUCAAGAUAUUGUUGACAGGGGAACAGCUCAGUGCCAAUUUCCUUCAGAACUUCAGUUUCCUGACUCAGAUGAAAGACUGCAUAGUACAGAUGUUGAUAAUGACUGUAGUGAUCAUGUGAAAAAUGAUUUGCCUUCUUUGUCAAGCAAAUUUUCUUCAUUUAGAGAUGUUAAUGAAGUUUCUACCACCAACUUCAGUGGUGAAGUUAUGGGGCUUGUGCCUGAUACAUUGUCUGAUAUGGAUCGUCUUGAAACAUUGCCUGAUGUCCCAAAUAGAUCAAACAGCCAACUUUCCAUUGAAAAGGUUGGUGGGGAUGAUGAAGUCCUACUUGGGAAGCCUCCAAUUCAAGGUGUUCCAAACAUAUCUGCUGUUGCUUGUGGUCCAUUGAAUACUGCAAUUGAUUUUAACUCAGACAAUGGAGUAGAAAAUGAUUGCUCAUUUAGUGGGAAGACAGGACUUUUUCCAUCACAGGAUUCCAGAAAUAUUACUCAAACAUUGAGUACCAUGAGUGGAGAAGUAUAUGGGAAGAAGAACCAGCGUACUCAUGCUGUUUCUAAGAUUUAUCCAGGUCGCUCAUCUGUUGUAUUUACUGCUUCAAAAAAUACAGCCUCUUUAACCAAUAUCCCAAAACCCCGAACAUGGUCUCAAACUGAUAAAUCUUCUACUUUGGCUCAGCCAGGAAACAAGGCUUUUUCAAGCACUGUUCCUACACAAUGGCAACUACCUAAAAAGAUAAAGUUCCAGAACACCUCUUACAUUCGCAAGGGUAACAGUCUUGUUAUGAAAAAUACUCCAGUUGCUGCUCAAUCUCAGGGCUUUCAUGGUUUGAGUUCUUCUGUUUAUCGGCUGAACUCUUCUGUUACAGAUGAAAUGAAGAAGAAUGCUGGAUCUGACACAAGAACUGGUUUUGCUGACCCAUCAAAUUUCAUGCGAACAGGAGUGAAUGCUGCUUUUGAGAGGCCCAGAACAGCACCAUUAGCCAGUGCCGCUAAAUUGCCAAAUCACACCACCAAUUCUCUGGGUGAUUGUAUAUCUUCCUCACUAGCUGAGCCUCUUCAUAAUUGUGCUGCUGAGACUGCACCUGAUCCUGUGACUUAUGCAGGAAGUAAUGAUAUGCUAAAGUCUUCUGAGAAUGCAAUAAUAAUUUCAGAAAAUCUUAUGACUCAAACUGGCCAAAUUAACAAUUUGGAUUCCUGUAGUGAACUAAACGAUGGGAAUGCAAUGUCUUCAAAUGCCAACGGUACAAGUCAUGUUAAGCAAAAAACAAAUCAGUUGGUUGCAACUUCAAAUCCUAGUUCAUUGUCUGUUAGUAAUGCUCGUAAUAUCCCAGCCUUACCCUCUAAUGGUUAUUACAAGAGGAGGAAAAAUCAGCUGGUUAGGACUUCAUCGGAAACUCAUGUCAAACCAAAAGUCAACAUGCCCAAUGAAAGUGUGAAUCCUGAGGGGCAAAGCCUUCAUAACAUUACUUCCAGCAGUAGUUUGAGUAAGGGACGAUCUCGUGAAGUUAUGAAAUGUAAACCUUCAAAAUUCUCUUUGGUCUGGACACUACGUAGUGAUCAAUUGUUGAAUGCUGAUGGUGAUCCAUUGCAUCAUGAGAAGGUCUUGCCCCACUUGUUUCCCUGGAAAAGAGCAACAUGCUGGAGAAGCUUCAUGCCAAUUUCUGGUGCCAAUUCCAGUAAUAAUUCCUCAUCUACAAUUAGGAAAUUGCUGCUGUCAAGAAAGAGGGAUACUGUUUACGCGAGGUCAAAACAUGGAUUUUCACUUCGAAAGUCCAAGGUAUUAAGUGUUGGUGGGUCUAGUUUAAAAUGGUCACAAUCCAUCGAAAGGCAGUCAAAGAAAGCUACUGAGGAAGCUACCCUGGCAGUUGCUGAAGCAGAGAAGCAGAAAAGAGAACAGAGAGGUGCAUCAUGUGUUGUUUCUGGGACAAAGAACAGAAAUAUUUCUUCUCGUAAGUCAGUUCAUAGUAUAAAUCUGCACCCAGGUGAAUGGAUAUUCCAAAUUGGUUCAUUUCGCUACAAAAUGGAUUCCUCAAGGCAGACCCUUCAGAGGAUAUCAGAUAAUGAGUCAUCAUACUCAGCAGCUUUUCAAAAAGAGAAAGAUUCUAAGAGACCCUAUGUACCAAGGAGAUUAGUGAUCGGCACUGAUGAAUAUGUUCGAAUUGGCAAUGACAACCAACUUGUUAGAGAUCCCAAGAAACGAACUCGUCUUUUGGCAAGUGAGAAAGUUCGAUGGAGUUUGCACACUGCUAGAUCACAAUUAGCUAGAAAGCGAAAGUAUUGUCAGUUUUUCACAAGAUUUGGCAAAUGCAACAAAGAUGAUGGAAAAUGCCCCUACAUUCAUGAUUCCUCCAAAAUUGCUGUCUGCACAAAGUUUCUAAAUGGUUUAUGUUUUAAUUCAGACUGCAAAUUGACUCACAAGGUGAUUCCAGAAAGGAUGCCAGAUUGCUCUUAUUUUUUGCAAGGUCUUUGCAGCAAUAAAAAUUGCCCAUACAGGCAUGUGCAUGUGAAUCCAAAUGCAUCUACUUGUGAAGGAUUUUUGAGGGGAUAUUGUGCUCAUGGCAAUGAGUGUCGGAAGAAGCACAGCUACGUCUGCCCCACCUACAAAGUGACAGGAUCCUGUCCUCAAGGGUCCAAAUGCAAGCUUUACCAUCCCAAGGACAGAAGCAAGGGAAAGAAAAACAAGAAAUCACGAGAGAAGAAGAACGCCCAAGGGCGAUACUUUGGUUCAAUGCAUAUAAAUCUCUCUGAACUUGGAGCUGCAGUGUCUGAAAAGCAUUCAGCACAAGAUAAUGCUAAGAUUUGCUUUGAAGGAAGAAUUCCUGAUUAUAUCUACCUUGAUGUUGGUGAUGAUACUGGAGAAAAUAGCAUUUUAGCAGAUGAGCAAACAUCCUCGAGUGAUAGUGAUGCCAUGGACUUGCAAUUAGUUAGUCUUGACGAGCUAAUUAAACCUAUUUGUAUUAUGACAACCUAACAGUAAAUAUUUAUGAAAUAUGAAAAGCCGAGUGAGAAGCAGAUAUGCCUGUGCCAUGGAGGCAUUAAUUCAGUUUGUUGUGCACGAGGUAGAUAAUCGAUUUGAGCGUUUUUCUGUCUCGUAUCUACAAUUGCAGAUGACAUUUGUUGGAAUGACCUGGGUUGGGAUGUAUUGAUUUUGUUGAGGUU